UGACCUCUCUGUUUUCGAAGUUCGCCCGUUCGCCAUGAUUAGCCGUCACUUCUGAAAAAGGGAGUGUAAAUUUGUUUUUAGUUUUGCAAGUGCAGAAAUUUAUUGGAUUAUGUCUGCAGCUGGAUCAAGCGGCUCCGGAAGAGGAAGAGGCAGUCAAGCAGCAGUUGGCGAUCAAAAGGAGACUAAAGAAGCCAAACCAAAUCCCAAGAUGUCUAAAGCACUGGGUACUUCAGCCAAGCGCAUCCAGAAGGAACUGGCCGAAAUUACUUUAGAUCCGCCACCAAAUUGCAGUGCUGGUCCUAAAGGCGAAAACUUCUAUGAAUGGGUGUCCACAAUCUUAGGACCUCCUGGAUCUGUUUAUGAAGGUGGCGUGUUUUUCUUAGAUAUCCACUUUUCUCCAGAGUACCCCUUCAAACCUCCAAAGGUUACUUUCCGCACCAGGAUUUAUCACUGUAAUAUCAACAGUCAAGGAGUGAUUUGUUUAGACAUUUUAAAGGACAAUUGGUCACCUGCAUUAACUAUUUCGAAAGUGCUGCUUUCCAUUUGCUCUUUGCUGACUGACUGCAAUCCAGCCGAUCCUUUAGUAGGUAGUAUAGCAACUCAAUACCUGCAAAAUCGCGAGGAACACGAUCGCAUCGCUCGACUUUGGACAAAGCGUUACGCAACGUGAUUCCGUUGCCCCCCGAACGCCCUUCCAUCGAUGUUCCCAGGGCUGCCAGUACAGGCAGAAACGGUAUUUUUUUUCUCUAAACUCAUGAACUAGUAGAUUUUUUUACGAUCCUUGUAACGUAUCUCCUUGUUUUGUAAUCGUACGCGCGUUACAAAAUCUCCGAGACGUUAUUUAUGUUUUAAACAUACCUAUUGUAGUUCUGAGCAAUAUCUUCCCCGUUUGUGCUUCGGGCAAAUGCAUUGCCAAUUUAAUUUGAACUUUGAUAUUAUUAAGGAAUUGACUUAGUUGUGAUGAUCGAUUGUUUAGUUCAAAUUUACGUAAUUUUUUUAAAAAAUAAAUUGUUUUUUUUUUGUCAUUUUAAAUGAAUAUAUAGAUAUUGUCAUAAAAAUUCUGGCAAUGUAUCUGCCAACUUAAAUGUAUGGAAGUUUGUUUUGUGAUGGUUUUAGUAUACUGCAGUUGCCAAAAGUCUACA